CGCGCGCCCGCGGAAGGGGGUGGGGGGCUCGCGCGCGCCUGGGAAAAUGUUGCGCAGAUUCUAAAAUGGAACGUUGUCGGCGGCGUGAUUGAGCGCGAGGGGGUGUGUGAGCGUGAGUAAGACAGGGACCAGCAGCAGUAGGAGCUACUACCGCACCCGCCGCCUUCUUGCAGCCGGUCCCCCCCGCAGCGGUACGGGGAGCAGCCGCCUCCUCCUUCCCCCUGCAUGGAGCUCUCUGCUAUCGGGGAGCAGGUGUUUGCGGUGGAGAGUAUCAGGAAGAAGCGCAUAAGGAAGGGUAAUGUAGAAUACCUGGUGAAGUGGAAAGGAUGGCCCCCAAAAUACAGCACAUGGGAGCCGGAGGAUCACAUCCUGGAUCCUCGCCUGGUAGUGGCUUAUGAAGAGAAGGAAGAGAAAGACCGUGCAUCAGGAUACAGGAAGAGAGGCCCUAAACCGAAACGCCUCUUAUUACAGCAAAACUUAAACCAUGCUCAGGCCCAGAUGGAGAUGGCCUGUAGAGGGUCGUUGUGGCAGUGGAGGAAUCAGAUUAGGGCAAGUGGGUUCCACUGUGCAGAAGGGAUGGAGAGGCUUUACGGUAUGGACCUGAGGAGUGCCCACAAGGGAAAGGAGAAGCGGUGCUGCUGGCGGGCUCAGGUUGGCCACCCCUGCUUUAAGCUGCGGGGCCGCGCAGCAGCCUAUUAA